UAAAAAAAAGAUGGAAUUCGAUAAGAAAGUAUUGUUUACUUCGUACAACAAAUAAAUAUUUGUUUAGGGCUUUGGUUUUUAUGGUUAAGUUAUCAAUUUUUCAGUUGUAAAACAAGUAACAAGUAAUAUCAAGGCGAGUUAUAACUUUUUUUGUGAUACUUAUUACUUGCCUUGUACUUGCAAAACUCAACGACUUGAUACUUGACUUGGCAACAACGAGUACUUGAAAAAACGAGGCGAAUACAGAUCAAGUAGCGGGUAUAUGGCAAGUAACGAAUAUUUGCGGGAGCCCUCUCUCAUCUUCUCCUUGUUUUUUCUAACGCUCAGAUUUUAACUAAAAAAGGAAAUAACCAAAAAGGAUCAUCAUUAAAUGAUCAAAUUAGAAAAAAAAAAAGGAAAUUUAUCGAUGGCAAAACAGUAAAAUCCAAUAAUCCAGUUUUGGAAAAGGAAACAUUGAAAAACUGCAUUAAGCUUCACAACGCCACAUUCUUUCUAUAUAAACCACUCUAACUCAGACUCUCUCUUUACAGACAUCAACAACAAUCUUCAUCGUCUUCGUAUCUCAAAUUUAGGGUUUACUUUCAAUCAAAUUCUUCUUAUUUCUUUCGCAGCAAUCCCGUUUCAAAUCAUCUUCGGUUUAUUCUUGUUUUCAUUUUCUCUGCUUCUUCUUGUGCGGCCAUCAUGGAAAUCGAAAUUCAUAGAGCUGAAGUCUACACGAGGGUGUCUAACCUACCGAGACACUUGAUGUGGGUUACCAACACAGUCCAAAUUAAUCUAGACGAAUUGAUCCGACACGAAACUGGAGCGGUAACUGUUUUAGGAUCACGUCGCAUCCGCUUGAGGCCACGUGGCCGCGGCUUCAGGCCACGUCAGCUCGCUGGGCUCCUUCGUGACGAACAUGUUCCUGAGUCUCCAUACUUGGGCAGAAAAAUCGCUCUUGAUAUCAAUCAGCAAUUUGCUUUUGAUUCUUCUCUUCAACAACAACAAUCUGUUUUCGUAUCGGUCAAUGUCAAACUGAUCAGAGAGAGGACGCUUAUGCCCCCACUGCCGCCGCCUGAUUUUCUUCACACUCCUCCGUCCUGGUCGAGAGGUGCUUCGAGUCAAGUUUUUCAGAGGCUGUCUGAAGAACAGAGAAUGGAGUCCAGAGAUUUGGUUUUGAAAAACGAGACUCAGUGUUCCAUUUGUAUUGAUGACUUGUCCAAGACUCGUGAGAACAUCAUUGAACUGCCUCAGUGUUUGCAUGUUUUUCAUCAAGAUUGUCUCUUUGAGUGGCUACGUCGGCAAAACUCGUGUCCUCUGUGCAGGAGAGUUCCGUACGAGAUAUAAGUUGGGAAGUUUGUAACGUGUAGUACAAGUUCUCUUACAAGCCCUAGGGUUUUAAUUUUCAUUCGAUACUUUUCUCUGUAACUUUUAAUAUAAAACGUCAUAUUUUGUUCUGCUCAUUCCAAUUAUUCACUUUUAAUGAAACUGAAAGUUACAUAUUGACUUGUUAGUUCAUAUCUUGACUUCAUGUCUUACAUCAUUGUCCAUUUGUUUCUACAGUUUUAUCUCUCUGUUAGCUACAUUCUCUAGAGGAUUUUUUCAUUUUUAUAUUGGCCUCGCGGAUGCUUCAUGAUUCCCACUAUGUGUAUUGUAGAUUCCUUACGACUGUGUUUAAUUGGUCUCUUGCCUGAUCCACACAUAGACAGCAGUUAAAGGCAAACUCUACUGUCCUCCUCGCGGCCCACGUAAGCAUAUGAUCUAACAGUACUGCUGCUUCAUCUGACCUGAAAGCAAUCCUCCAGCUGCAAAACAAAACAAAAAAAAACUGUGAGCUAUGUGGGAUUAACAAAGAUGAAAAAGGUUCUGACUGAAACAGAACAGACCUGAAGCUUUAAACUUUCCAUUUCUGCAGGCUGCAGCUGCUACUUUUUCAUGUGAUGAUCUCAAGUAGUAUCAUUCCGACCUGUUACACAUCUUCUUUCUCUCCACUCUCUACAUUGAAAAACGGUUCCAUAAGAUAGCCCAUGUCAUGUUUGCUUUUGUUUAACUUAUUCACCGAACAUACAUGCUGUUUAAGACCAAACUAGAUCUUGAUCCGCACAAC